ACCGUACGGUGGAUAAGUGGUGUUCUUGCAGGAAUCAGUUCUAUACUGUAACAGUGCAGCUACCUGCAGUGGAGUUUCGGCGGUGCAUGGUUCACGUAUAACCGGUGGGAAGCACUGAGAGAUCAUGUCCAGGCAUCACAGGACACCCGCCAGAACAGUAGACAAUCUUAUCGAAGUGAAAAGCAAGUUCGAUGCCGAAUUCCGAAGAUUCGCUCUAAAGCGUUCCAACAUUGGAGGGUUUCAGGAAUUUUACCAGCUAAUUCAAGCCGUCCAUCAGAUACCACACGUGGACGUAUUGUUGGGGUAUACCGAUAUCCACGGGGAUUUACUACCCAUUAACAACGAUGACAAUUAUCACAAAGCGGUCUCGUCUGCCAACCCUUUACUGCGAGUCAUCAUUCAGAGACGCGCUGAAGGUGACUCUGGAGCAUUUGGAACGAAUUCACUGCUGCGCAAGAAGAAAGGUCUUCAUGUCCUACGCCCUGUCCAUCACAAGUCAAAGCCUCACAUCUUGAUUGGAAUGCCUCAGGAUUUCCGACAGAUCUCUUCCAUUAUCGACGUUGACAUCCUUCCAGAAACCCACCGCAGAGUCCGUCUCCACAAACAUGGCUCUGACAAGCCACUUGGAUUCUAUAUUCGCGAUGGGGUGAGUGUACGGGUAGCCCCUCAAGGAGUGGAGAAGGUCCCAGGAAUCUUCAUCUCACGGCUUGUACGAGGUGGUCUAGCGGAGAGCACAGGCUUGCUCGCAGUAAAUGAUGAAAUACUAGAGGUGAACGGAAUUGACGUUGCUGGGAAGUCGCUGGACCAAGUGACUGACAUGAUGGUGGCAAACAGUCACAACCUCAUCAUUACCGUGAAGCCAGCAAAUCAACGCAAUAAUGUCAUUCGCAGCAGCAGGGCCUCUGGGAGCUCUGCCGUCUCGACGGACAGUAGUCCAAGCCAACAUAACAACACGAUAGCUACAGCACAAUAUGCUAACCACUACAGUACAGCAGAAGGGGAGAGUGAAGAUGAAGGAGAUAUAAUAAUUGAAAAUGACAUGCCAUCAUACAUCCCAAAAACUGUGUUCCCAAAUUGCAUCAAUGGAGAUCUAACAAAAAAGCUGCAGCAUAACGUGUCACUAAACAGCCCACUGUUAGACAGCAAAGAAAGCAAAUAUAAAGGGUCCUUAAACUCUCUGAACAUGCACAGUGAUGGUUCCAACAAAAUAAAUUCAAGCCAUGGAAAUAUGCGAGAAGAUGGAACAAUAAUAACACUAUAAAGGACUUUCCUUUUAAUCACUUUUUAUAUAUAUAUAUAUAAUAAAGCAUUCAGAAUAAAAUUUCCAAGUGGUUGACUUUGACUUGAGCCUUGUUAGGGAGGAUGGAAUUUGACUGACUUCCAUACAAUAAUAUUAGCAAAUUGUGAAUUUGGUGGAGAAAAUAUUCAUGAAAGCAAGAGAAAAAUCACCAUCACUCUAAUGAAGGAUAUUUCAGAGAACUCUACUUAUACACUGAUUCAGUUUCAAUGGCAAUUAACUAGCCCAAGGUUCUAUUUAUAAAGCCAACCUCCUGAACUGGUUCCUGUCUAAUAAAACUGGAGUACGUCACUUUACAAAGCUGCAUUUAUACAGAAGUUACCUGCAAUUGAAGACCAAUGUAUCUUGUGAAAUUGCAAUACAAGUAUUUUUAAAAACGCAGGUCACAAAACCUGCACAUCACAUCAGUGACCUCAUUGUUACAAAUACAAACUUAUUUACAAACUACUUAAUCAGCAUUACUUGCAUUUAUCUGAUUUGAGAGCAGGAGUCCCCUUUUUCCUAUGGAAAACAAUUAUGAGACAGAUUAUAUGUGGACAGAAAUUCCUGUGGAGCAAAAUCCUUUCAUGAAGUAGCUGCUCUGCUCCCUAAAAGAAUAUUUGAGAGCUUUGCAAUUUUUAAUGUGGAUUUCCUGCAGUAAAGCAGAUGCUUUUUUUUGGUGGUAUGAGGGUGUCCUGUAUUGGUUUUUUUUAAGUGACCAGUAUCUUAAAUUUUAAGGAACCCUGCUGGCUUCAAGAUCCUUUUACCAUGCUGUUUGACAUUUGCUUUUUGUAUUGCACAGACUUGAUACUCCUUUAUCAGAGCACUGUUCAACACUGAGACAAGCUGCUUUUAAGAGUUCUCAAACCCCAGUGUACACUUGGUGACAAAAAGCACUUUAAAUUAGGAUCAUUUUAAAAAUAGCUGAAUUAUCUUGAAUGUUAAUUGUUUUCAGACCUACUCUGUUAAUAGGUUAAUAAUUGAUCAAAAGUUCAUGAUUCUUAACCUGUUAUUAAAUGAAACUCUCACUGGAACAUGGGGCACACGUUAAGCAGUGGUCAUCUGAAGAACUUUUGCAUUGAUUGUAAUUGGUUUUUAUUUCAUUUUAAAUUGUGGAAACACUUUGCAAUGGACUUGGAGAAUUUUUCAAAAAUUUGCCACUUAAUUUAAAAAAUAUUGGCUAGAAAAAAUGAGGUUUUAGGAAGCCUAAAAUCUCCAAACAACAUGUUAAUACCUUUAUUACAUUCAUUUCAAGCAUUUGCAGCAGAACUGGCUCCAUUCUAUGGCAAUAUAAAUUUUACAGCUUUACUAAUCAUUUAAAAAUGGUAGGAUCGAUAAGAAUGAAUUGCUUGCGGGUCAUCUUAGUAACCUAGGAGUUCUAAAUAAUAAAAAUGUGGAUUACUCCAAAAGCACAUAGUAGGCCCAGUGAUCAUUUUUUAAAAAUUAUUUUAGCAUGUUAGUUUCAUGGCCUAAUCUAUUACUUUAAAUUUCCAGUCUGUUCACUGUUGGCUGCUGGAUUAACAAUAAUCAACAUUUACCUCUCUCCACACUACUAAAAGUAUGAAGCACAAUGACUUUGCAGUUUUCAUAUUCUUUCUGUAGAAUGAAUGGCUUUUGGUUUCUUUCAAAAUAGCAUUGGUACUUGCAAAAUCUGUGAAAAUAUUUCUUCUGCUUGGUGGUUCUAAUCACCUGGCAAAUGCUUUUGGGUAUUGUAGAAUGCUGACACUUGAUCUGGCUGGCUGCUAUCACCCAAAAACAGUUGUAGGCACAAUGCAAUAAGUUUUGACCGUGAUUCAGCUGCAUUUAUUGCUCCAGUUUCUUCUGCAUACCACAUUUGCGAGCUUUUCUCUGGUAGUUCUGAGCCAGCAGGGUUCAAUGGUGGGGUAUGACUUUGCUGUAUUUUUUUUUAAUGACAUUGUAUGUAUUUGUUUGAUUUGUUAUGCAUUAAAAUCUGUUCGGUAAAGAGAUUAGGGUAAUUUUAUCUAAUUGGGGAUAUUUUGUAAUUUUUUUAAUGAAAUGAGGGCAGUAUUUUUCUUACUUUUUGUAUUUGACCCCACUCAAUCCUUUGUCUCCAUCUGCCUUCCCUAAACUGUACUACCUUGUAUUUAUCUUAUUUAACAGUUGAGCAGUCUUGAAGGUUAAGACUGCAGACCAUUGCGAAUGUUCCAUAGUUGUAUGCUGAUCAUUCAAAUAAAAGUUUUAACACGGA